AUUCUAUAGUAUAAAUGACCGCUUGCCCGCGGAUGGACGGAAACCUUGACAUGGGAAUUUGUCAUUCCAACCACCAUUCAGUCUUUACUUACCCAACUAUCAGUCACUCUUUACCCAACACUUUUACUGCUCAGGCGAAGUCAGGUCGCACCACUACUCCAGCUAUACCCAUCCCGAAGCCGCCAGACAGCAUCGCAACCAUGCACUACUCCCAGUUUCUCCCCUUCGUCACUCUUUUCGCCUCCUCUGUUGUCGUCGAGGCCAGCCCAACAGCCAUGCUUGAGGGGCGUGCGGUGGGACUUGUUGCUCGCGCACCGGAGCCGUCAGGUGACGCGUGCAUCAAGACGCCAUUGAGCGCAGAGCCCGACUACUCAUACUACACGUUCCACAUCAACGCAGACAUCGGAGAACGCGCCAAAAACGCGGGACUUACCAAGAUCGGCGUGCAACAGCAUUGCGACUCGAACGGCGGUCUUUUUGGAAUGUGGGCCACGAACACGAAUAACUGGGCGUAUGUGCCUCUGGACAAGUUCGGCCCCGAGAACCCGUACAAGGUCAAGGUCAACCGCUGCCAGAAGGGCAAUGACCGUCACGUCUUUAGCUACAGAGUAUGGCUGUGCAACGAAAACGACUGGUGCGGGACUACGGCCUGCGGCUUGGACCGGAAGCUCUGUCCUGAAAAGAAGACUAAGGCGGUUGACUUGUCAGACAACUUGAUCUGGCCAUGCGCUCUUUAGG